AUGAACGCCCCGGAGGUCGAUCGAGCAUUGGUUCAGCCAUGCUGCGAUGAACUUUUCCGUGACAUCGAAGCCAAAUUCAAAUUGUCUAACAUCCCCAACGAUAAAUGGUACCUGACGACUUUAAGCACAAUCACCACAACCUCGGAACCGCACCUGGCAGAUCAACUGUACCUAUACCUCAUCAGUCAGCCCGACUUCUCGUCUUCAGAAUCUCACAAAAUGCUGAUCCGACGAAUUCGAGAGACACUAUUCAAGGGUAUUGUUCUAAUAGGGCUUCCAAAGCCCACCGAGGCCCUGAUCGCGAUCAGCAGAGUUGAAGCCGAGGACGGUGUCGAUCACACCUUUAGCCGCGAAGGUUGGAAAUGCGACGAGGAGAAUUAUGGACGUGGGAUGACUUGGCUCAAACAAUUGUAUCAGAAGAACACGACUGGACUCUUCGAUCUAUUCAAUAAGCAUCGGGACUGCGGAUUCUGGGUUGCCAAUAUUGCGUACGGGUCUUCAUCUGUCAGACCGACAGAUUCUGGACGAUGUCGAUACGGAGAUGGUGGUACUCCCGGCAGUCAUGGGCCAAAAUCUCCCACGAGAGACAUACUGGCACAUCAGGGGAGCUCGGCGAUUGGGCAUCUCGAAGAGGGAUGUAGAGAGUGUGUGCAUCAGGUGGCUCGAUUCUGCGGUGCCGAGUUGGACCGGAUUCCUGCUGUGGAUACUGUGGAUGAUGAGCUCUAA